GAUCUCUUUGACAAGCCAUGCCGCAUGCUCUGUGAGGCUGGUCGGGGGGAGAUGGGCGCUCAGGGAUGUGAGGGAUGGGAUAGCAGAGGAGGAGGAGGAAGAGGAGGAGGAGGAGGAGGAGGAAGAGGAGGAGGAAGAGGAGGAGGAAGAGGAGGAGGAGGAAGAGGAGGAGGAAGCAGAGGAGGAGGUGGAGGUGGGGGAGGGGGAAGAGGAAUGGGGCAAGGAGGAGCAGCAGCAGCGGCGGCUGGGCUGAAUGGGGAUGCGGUACACGAAGGGGCG